GCCGCCGCCCUGCUGACGGGGAGCCUCGCGGUCCCUCGACCAGGGAGCUCCAAGCCUAGAGUGCGCUGAGUCGUCCUGCAGCGCCCGCCCGCGCUAGAAGCCAGCGGCUCCAUGGAGGACGUCGAGUCGCGUUUCACGCACUUCUUGCAGCCCAUCCGGGAUCUCACCAAGAACUGGGAGGUGGAUGUCGCAGCUCAGUUGAGCGAGUACCUGGAGGAGCUUGACCAGAUCUGCAUUUCAUUCGAUGGCGGCAAAACCACCAUGAACUUCAUAGAAGCAGCGCUGCUGAUCCAGGGCUCCGCCUGCGUCUACAGCAAGAAGGUGGAGUAUCUCUACUCGUUGGUCUACCAGGCACUCGACUUCAUCUCCAAUAAGAAGCGUGAGAAACUGCCUGCCUCAGUCAGAGAGGACGGAGCCGACAAAGAUGUCAGCGCUAGAUCAACGGCAGAAGAGGAAGGGUUCCUCUCUUUGAAUGACAUCCGGGAUACCAGCAGAGCAAAGGAGUUGAGGGACGGCCAGCAGCCCGUGAAUGACGACGUUGUUCCCUUGACGCCAAUGCCCUUGGUUCCCCCAGAGGAAGCAGAAAAGACGGACAACCUCCUCUACAGCCAGAAGGGGGAGCUCUUGGCCAGCCGGAAGGACUUCCGCAUCAACGUCUACACCCCGCACCACACCGGCACCUUCCUGCUGGAGCUGGCGGGCGCCUUGCCCCUGCGGUGCCAGCCUGGGCGGAACCCUGCAUGGGGCAGCGGCAGCUCCAUGGGGCCGCUGAACCUCGUCCCUGCAGCUGGGUCCACCCCCAUGGAGGUCAGCGUGUGCACAACGCCCGUUCUUGCCCUGAACUUCUCCGAAGGAGGAGAUGUAGACGCACCUCCCUGUGACGAUGGCGACGACGGCGGCUUCGCAUGGGACGUGCCGCAGGAGCCCCCGGAGGCCUCGCCCGCUGGAGCGGCAGAGCGUGUGGCACUGCAGGCGAGCCUCCCCCAGAGGAAAGGGUACAUGCUGCGGGAGAGAGCCCCCGCCCCGGCUGCCAACACCCACCCCAAGGAGCUGCAGGACCCUUGGCGCAGCCUGGACCCCUUCAGCUCUUCUGAGGACAAGCCUCUGAGGAGAGGCAGGCCUUUCACGGUGCCGCGUGGCCUGGAGGAUUUGCCCGGCACCAAGCGGAAGCGGAGGCUUUCCAGCCGGCUGCAGGAGUUCACAGCCUGGUUUUCGGCCACAGAGCACAGCAGAGCCGACGGCCAGAGGGGCCGGAAGAAAGGCCCGACGUUCGCCGAUCUGGAGGUCCUCUACUGGAGGCACGUGAGGGAGCGCCUGGCCGCCCAGAGGAAGCAGCAGAGGAGAGUGCAGGGCCCGCUGUUGGAGGAACCGGGUGCCCCCGAGGAAGACCGGGAAGACAAUUUCUUGGAGAACGCCAGUGAUGGUGCAGCAGAUGACUCUCUGGAGCAUGAAGCCAUUCCCCUGCUCGAAGCCCCGGAGGAGCUGCCCGAAGACCACACAGCCACUGCUGACGUCCCCCCUUCCCUCAAUUACGAGGAGCUGGUGCAGAGGAAAGUGGAGCUGUUCAUGACGCACUCCCAGAAGUACGCCCGCCAGACGAUGCUGUCCCAGCAUGUCCAGGACUGGGAGGAGAGGAUGGGGCCGCAGCUGGAGGAGCAGGAAGCCCGGACGGCCUUCGACAUCCACAGCUACGGGGACCGCCUGGGCUCCCUCCUGGGCCGCGUGGGCGAGUGGCGCUCCUUCGCCAGCCUGAUGGCCGGCCGGCCGGCCUUCGAGGUCUGUCGCUCCAUGCUGGCCUGCCUGCAGCUGGCGAACGACCACACCGUUGAAAUCUCCCAGAAGCCUGGCCUGGAAGAGGCGGUGGACACGAUGGCGCUGCGCCUGCUGACCCAGGAGAAGGCGCACGAGCGCUUCCGCACCUACACCACUCCCUCGCUCGCCCAGCAGUGAUGGGCCCUCCCCC